AUGGCCAUCAAUAUGAGCGGCAAUUUUCUCAAAUUACUCUUUCAUUUUCGGCGGCAUGAUCUUCUAGCUUUUGAAGAUGAACAUCGACGAUUGUACGAUAAAGCAAAAGAAACUGGAGAUCACGGCCCGGUCACUUCCCAUUACUAUUCAGUGAUGUCUACAGUAAUUGAUGAAUAUUUCAAUGGAAACUUUCAUUUCGCAGCUCCACGUAAAGGAGAACGUUUACUAGAAGAUGCACUUCGUGGAUUACAUCAAACAAUCGGUGAGGAAUUAGAGCUGAAAUCGGGAGUGAAUUGCAUUGAUAUCGGUUGUGGAAUUGGUGGAGUGAUUAGAGAUUUAAAAGACACUGGAGCUAAUCUAACCGGGAUCACGAUAGCCGCAAAUGAAGUGGAGAUUGGGAACACAUAUUUUCGCCAACAAGGAAUCGAUGAUCAUUGUCGAUUGAUUGAGGCCGAUUGCCAUCAAAUGCCAUUAGAAAACGAGUCUCAAGAUUCUGCUUAUGCCAUUUACUCAUUGAAAUACUUUCCAAAAUUGGAUGGAGUGAUGAAAGAGGUGGCUCGAGUUUUAAAACCUGGUGGGAAGUUCGCAGUGUAUGAUCUCAUAAAAACCAAUGAAUACUCAGCUAAUCAUGAAGAGCACAGAAAAAUAAUCGAGGGUCUUGAGUUUGCCUGUGGUAUGCCCUCUUUACACACAAAAGAAGAAAUGAUCGCCGCUGCCGCCGCCAAUCAAAUGACUAUUAUUUCUUCAACAGAUCUAGCGGCUGAGGCGGGCUUGCCCUUCUAUUUUUGUUUCACUCACUCAUCACUCUUUAUGUGGAUGGUGAAAAGCCCCGUCAUCACCUCACUCAUUCAAAUAGCUCAGGGUUUAAACAUUCUCCCAAAAGGAUUCCACGAAUUUAACCGAACUUUUCUCUCCGGUACCGUCGAUAAAAUUGUAGAGGGUGGCCGUCUUGGAAUUCUCUCCGGCUCUGAGUUAAUCAUUUUUCAGAAAAAC